AUGGAGGAAGAAAUGAAUGAAAGUGGCGAUGUUUUCUUCUCCAUGGCAUGGUGUUGUGGUUCAAAAGUUGCCGGCUGGCUGGCAGCUGGCAGUUGCAAGUCCCAAGGCAAUUGUCCCCAGAUAUCGCCGUUUGCCACCAUAUCAGAAUUUCGUGAAGCAAUUCUAGCAACAUGCAAGCCGCGCUUCCCCAAUGUGCGGCUUGCGCGAAGGCGGCCCAUCGGCCUUGCCGUUAGCGGAGGAGUUGAUUCCAUGGCAUUGGCAUAUCUUUUCUCGCACUACAUUAAGACAUACAAGUCGCAGCACAUCGCCGAUAACCCGGUUCACGAUGUCCUCGCCGUCACUGUUGAUCACCGUUUGCGACCCGAGAGCACAGCAGAGGCAGCCAAAGUAGCCGCGAAUGUCAGACACCUUGGAUUGAGAGCGCUCGUUCUCCGAAUUAAUUGGUCAGACCAUCUGGGACCAGAUGUUGUCCCAAGCAAGCAACCGAACAUCGAGAGCAUGGCGAGGACUCUUCGAUACCGCGCCUUGGGCUCCCUCUUCUUGAAGCAGAAUGUCAUGAGCCUCUUUUUUGGGCACCAUAGAGACGAUCAAUACGAAACAAUACUUAUGCGAUUACUUUCUGGUCAUGGCUAUCGUGGUCUGCAGGGCAUACACAAGGCAAAUUCUAUUCCUGCAUGCUACGACAUGUAUGGCGCCUACAAGAGCGGCUUGGUUGACGACCAAUUGCGCCUACGUCCAUUCCUCAAAUUUAGCCCAGCUGGUCGAGAGAUGAGGGCACUACGGAACAGGCUGAAGUUGGAAAGCACGCUCCCUGGUUUCGAGCAGUUCCGAUCAUACCUUGGCAUCAACGAUCUAUCAGCUCGACUCCCUGGCCAGCUGCAACACGAUCUCGAUGUCAGUCUUCCAUACCUGCCACCAUUGAGCGUUGAAGAUGGUGGAAUCACCAUCUACAGACCGUUACUGGAGUUCGACAAGGCAAGACUUAUUGCUACUUGCGAGGCGAAUCGCGUGCCUUGGUUUGAAGAUGGCACAAAUGUUGAUGCAACGUUGACAACACGCAACGCCCUACGGAAGAUAUGCAGAGAUUACGAGCUCCCACGAGCCCUUCAGAAGCCCUCAAUCCUGGCCUUGGCCGAGCGUUCGAGACAAAGGGUUCACAACGAGGAAAAUGAGGCGUCACGCAUUAUACGCCACCAAAGGACUAUAGUCGACUUUGAUCCAAAUGUUGGGUCGCUACUCGUGGAUUUACCUCUGCUCAAAAUUGGAAGGGCUAUGAACGGACGUCACAACCAGACAGCCAGAGAUGAGGCUCGGCUCGGAAGGCAGCGACUGCUUGCCGCCACCAUUACACGCAAGUUGAUAAGCUUCGUGACCCCUGACAAACACCUCCCCCCGAUCUCGAAUCUUGAAAAUACAGUCAGGCGUCUCUUUCCUUUCUUAUAUACUGAUGCAAAUACUGUUGAGCUUGGAGGCGCGGGCCGCAAGGCGUUCUCCAUUGCUGGUGUGCAAUUUGAACCAGUGCCAAGCUACAAGUCGACCCGAUGGUCCAUAUCCCGGACGCCAUUCUCCUCCAAUUACCUCCGUGAAGUAACUGCAAAACCAGAAACUACAAUCGAACGCCCUAGAUGGGUGUCAAGUCCCACCCCGCUCCCGUGGGAAGCACCGAGUGACCCAACCUGGAAGACUUGGAAAUCGGCCUUGCUUUGGGAUGGACGCUUUUGGAUUCGACUCAACUCGUGUGACCGCCGGAAUGGACUGCAUGUACUACCGUUACUAGCCAGCCACACCAAAGCUUUUAAAGCCGCUUUGACUCCCAAGGGGCGCGCUCGAUUCGAGAAGCUUCUCAAAUACCAUGCACCAGGAAAAGUGCGUUAUACGUUGCCGGGUAUAUACGCUGUCGAGAAGUCAAGCGGCCCCCAAGAGGGCAUUGGUCAAGCCCAACGUAAAAUGAUGCUGCUCGCUCUGCCCACUCUUGGAGUUCAAAUUGCUGGUUUGGAGAAAUGGGUACGAUAUGAUGCCAGAUACAAAAAUGUCGACACGCAGCUCCUAGGCAAAGGGAACUAUAGCAAAACAUCAAGGAUGCACGAGUUCACCGCACGCAUUGGUGUCUCUCGGAAACUGAGGCAGCAACGGAUGCACAGAAUGCAUGGAAAAACGCCAACAUAA